UCAAACUGAAUAGUUAAAGAUUAGAACGGAAAAGAUCUUAUUUUGUAAUUUGGUUGCUUCCAAUCACGUUCAAACCUCAAACAGCCUGUGUCUUAAUCUCGCGUGAAUACCAGUACACUAAAAAUUCCAUGAGGAGUGCUGAGUUGAUUCAGCAGCCGGUUUGAAAAGAUUCACUAGCAUGCCCUGUGAAGUGAAGCCUCGGUUUGUGGUUCUUUACGGAUCUCAGAAGGGCCAAGCCCAGUCCUUAGCAGAAGGAGUAGCUGAGGUGGCAGAGGAGCAUGGUCUGGUUGCUGAGCUCAGUUGCUUGAGCCAAAAUGAGAAGUACAAUUUGGAGAAAGAGAAUGCCCCAGUGGUCUUCAUUGUGUCUACUACUGGAGAUGGGGAACCACCAGACAAUACCCUCCAAUUUGUAAAGCGCAUCAAGAAGAAAACCCUCACCACUGACCACUAUAAACACCUUCACUAUGCACUUUUAGCUUUAGGAGACACAAAUUAUGCAAAUUUCUGCAACUGUGGGAAGACAAUUGAGAGACGUCUACAGGAACUCGGAGCCAAACAAUUCUAUGCAACAGGAUAUGCAGAUGAUGGUGUAGGGCUGGAGGUGGUUGUGGACCCCUGGCUUGAAGGACUGUGGAAAGCAAUCAAAGGAGCCUUAUCAAACAUGGAUUCUGAUAGGACUGGCUACUUGAAAGGAGAAGCAGCUGAUUCACCAAAGGAAACUCAUGGUUCAACUGUACCAGAUGUCCAACUAAACCUCUUGAGCAUAACUGACCGCCAGAGCUGUGAGUCGAUCAGAGAAUCUGUAGAAACUGUCUCCAAAUUUUCAACUGCUGCUUCAUCUUCGGCUCCUGCUACACCAACUGCCGUUUCUGAUCUCCGGCCAUUUUUUCCUGCAGGGAGCCCUGGGUUGGCAGCCCAGUCUCGUGGUACUGCCAGUGUUUCUACAUCCGCACCAGAGACACAGACCGGCGAUGCUGGAGUUCCCCAUGUUGCGUUGGCAGCCUCGCUAACACACUCCCUGCCGCCGCUGUCGGAGUCCUCUCUUAAUGUUCCAGCUCUGCCUUCUCCCUACCUCGAGGUUUCUCUUCUUGAGGUGGAUACUGUGGAACAGGAUAUAGGGCCGUUAAACAAAGAGAGUCUCCAUGAGGUUCCCAUCUCCAGGGCAAUUAAGCUGACCAGAGGAGAUUCAGUCAAGCUGGCCCUUCUCUUAGAGCUGGACAUAUCUGCUCACCCGACGAUGUCUUAUCAUCCAGGGGAUUCGUAUGAUGUGUCAUGCCCAAACAGGGCCACUGAGGUUGAGGACAUGCUCCACAGAUUGGGCCUUUAUCACCAGAGGAACCACCAAGUACACAUUUCUCUACGUAAAGACACUAAGAAAAGAGGUGCCCAGGUGCCACCCUACAUUUCCCACAACAUUUCUCUGCUGUACCUGCUCACAUGGUGUCUGGAGAUCAGAAGUGUUCCUAAGAAGGCAUUUCUCCGAGCACUGGUGGAGCAUACCAGGGACAGUGUGCAGCGGAGGAGACUGCAGGAGCUCUGCAGUAAACAAGGCGCCGCAGACUACAACCUGUAUGUGAGAGAUCCGAGCCUUAGCGUCUUGGAGCUUCUCACAGCUUUCCCAUCCUGCUCGCCUCCUCUCAACCUCCUCAUAGAACAUUUGCCGAAACUGCAACCCAGGCCUUAUUCAGCAGCAAGCUCCUGUCUUAGGUACCCGGGAAAGCUGCAUUUUGUCUUCAACAUAGUAGAGUUCCCAGCAAGCUCUGGCCGGCCUGCGGGGAGGCGAGGCUUGUGUACCGGUUGGCUGUUUGACCUCAUCAAUCCUGUCCUGGUUUUUCCUGAGAAGACUGAAUCCUCUAGCAGCCUGCCUCUGCCAAAGAUCCAUGUGAGUUUGAGACCCAACUCCUCCUUCCGGCCUCCCUCUGACCUGUCGGCGCCCUUUAUAAUGGUCGGACCGGGGACAGGAGUUGCCCCGUUUAUUGGCUUCCUUCAGCAAAGAGAGAUGGAGAGGAAGGAGAACCCUGAGGCCACAUUUGGCGAGACCUGGCUGUUCUUUGGUUGUCGCCACAGAGACAGAGACUACCUGUUCAGAGAGGACUUGGAGGGCUUCGUGUCCAGCGGUACACUGAGCCAACUCAAGGUGUGUUUCUCCAGAGACGACCAGGACGAGGCCAGCACGUCCGCAGUAUCACGGCCCAGAUAUGUGCAACACAACCUGCUACUUAACAGCCAACGCAUCACAGACAUCCUGCUCAAACAGAACGGUUACUUCUAUGUCUGCGGAGAUGCUAAAAACAUGGCUAAAGACGUAAACGACACCCUGAUGGAGAUGAUCCAAACGGAGCUUCAGCUCGACCAACUGGAUGCCAUGAAGAGACUGGCGGCGCUGAGAGAGGAGAAACGCUACUUACAGGACAUCUGGGGCUGACAGCAGAUGACCAGAUAAGGACAUUUUGCAGCAUCCACUGGGCCUUUUUACACCUUAAAAAAA